CGACGCUCGGACGGGCAGUCCGCUGAUGAUGUGAAGCAGGAAGGACCACCGCCGCCGCCGACGGAGGAGGUCGCGGCGACGGCGCAGGCCUCGCAGGAGUUCAGCUUUAUCAGCAUCGAUGGCACGACGCUAGAUAACCCGACCAUCGUCUUGGAGGCGGACGAAGUGGACGGAAACAACGUGGUCGUCUACCGGGAGCCGUACGGCGGCCAGCUGACCUACGACCCGUCCAUGUCGUACCUGGCCCAGCUGGAGGCGUCCGAGCUGCACGAGCAGGACGUCGUCGGCGAUCAGGUGGGUCAGACCACGCCACACCGGCGGCGCCGCGGCCCGAAGCGGAGCCGCCUCAGCGGCGGGGACGACGCCCUGACCUGCGAUGUCUGCGACGAGACGUUCAGCACGCCGACCAACCUUAGGGCGCACAAGGUCUCUCACACCAGCGACAAGAGCUUCCGCUGCCGCUUCUGCCGGCGCGACUUCUCCACCAACAUUGCACUCCACUACCACUGGAAUGAGGAGCACCCGCUGAAGCUGCAGCCGUGUCCGUACUGCGACAAACGCUUCAUCAACAAGUCCAACCUCAAUCAACACAUCAACACCCAUCAGGAGCCUCGUUUCACGUGCGAUCAAUGCGGCCGGCAGUUCCACACGCGCGGCGACCUGCGGAAGCACAUCGUCUUCCGGCAUAGCGACGCCAAGAACUUCCAGUGUCCGGACUGUGACCUCAGCUUCAAGGUCAACUGGCUGCUGACGCGACACCGAGUGCGAGUGCACUCGACGUGAGCGGCCGAAGAUGGCGCAGCCGUGCCCGUGGGCACCAUACUCAUUCCUGCCGCGCGUGUGCCGUGUCUGCGUCGGUGGAUGCCUGCAAAUGUGUGAGUUUGUUUUUAGCGUGUCAACGGAUAUGUGAUUUGGUUUGUCAGCAGGGAUGUCUUGUCACUGGCUCGUGACGGGAUCGACGAGGCACGUCUUGUGGUGUUUGUCGAUGCUCGCGCUCCGUCGGCCAUUGCGUCAUGUGUAUGACG